AUGGCUGGCUACUCCCCGACGAUGGAAGCGGAUCGUCGCGUUCACAAGGGGAGUCACCACCAGAUCGAUGCGAUCGGUAGGACCACGGACAGGAGCAAGCCGCCCGCCAAAUUGAAGAAAAUCGUGUACUGGCUGUGGAUCUUGGCCAUCUUCUAUCUCGAGCAGAAGAUCGUGAUCAAACAGGGCACGCUGCUCCAGCCGUACGAGGACCGGGUCAUCGGGAACGAUUUCCUAUGGAAGACUAAGAUACUCCACGUCGUGCUCCACGUCAUCAUCGACGGCAUGACCUUGAUCAACCUCAACGCGUUGGCCCCUCAGUGGGGCGUCAAGUAUCCCAACGGUCCCAGGCGCGCGCCCGUGCUCAGGAUGAGCGAGGAGACCGCGUUGACCAUUCGACACGUGCUCAAGCUCGUGUUGCGCAUUCCCGUACUCAACGCCGCCAUCCUCGGCGCGAGGGCGGGUUGCCACCACGGUUACACGCUGAUACAGGCCAUGACCAUGAGCAUAUCCCCAACCGUCUUCGGGGUGCUGCUCGCGAUCGAGUCCAAUCUAUGGCUGACGUGCGUCGGCGUUACAAACGUCGUGUUCAUGGUGUUCACGGCGCUGCAGCUCCCGACGGCGUACGGCUACGACGACGACCUCCGCAGGAUGUACCUCUCCACCGAGGAGAACUCGGCGGAUAAGCUCCUUCGGAUCGGCGCGCCCGCCGUCUUCGUCGCGCCGUUCAUCGUCAACGUUAUCGUUCGGAACGAGUUUGUGAGCAAUUACGCCUCGGCGUACCUGCGACUGAAUCAGCGGAUCCUCCUGGGAUCCAACCGCACCACGAAGGAUGCGGGGGUUUCGCUGUCCCGGCUGCAGAGGUCGGUGGUGUUUGCGGUGGGGAUCGCGUCAAUUGCCAACGUCAACGCGGUGCACAACGUGUUUUUCUCUUCGGUGACCAGGGCGGGCGUGUCUGUGGAGACAAUCGCGGCGGCGGUGACGCAGUUUCUGUUGCCGUGCUACCUCACGAUGAGACACCUCUCCUCCGCCGGGAAGCGCGGACAGGGAGGUUUCCUUCGCGCCGCUGUCUACACCAGGGCGACGCUCACGAUGUCGUUCGCCGCGCUGUCCGCGGUGUUCCUCGACGUCUGCAAAUACGCCGCGGAGACGACCUCUGACCUCGACGUGUGGCGCGUGUGGCUGCCCCAGUGGCUCUUUGUCGUGGCGUGCUCCCACGUCGCGGUGCCGGCUCCCGACGCGGCUCGAGCGUUCGCCGGGGUGCUCGCCGAUUUCGCCGCCGCCAGGGUCGUGUUCCUGUAUCUCGCGCCCGCGGGAACCCCCGAGCCGGAUCAGAAGACUCAGAUUUACGCGCUCGCCGCCAUGUACAUUGCCGCGCUGCACCUCUUUGACGUCACCAGCUUUUUGUUCGAGACGGUCGCCUCCUGGCUCAAGGUUCAGGCGGAGAAGCCGUCGACGCCGGCGCGAGCUUCAGUGGCGUCGGAUCCUCUUGGCUCCUACAACCUCCCGCCGGGCCACUGGAAGAUGGAGGACUACGAGAUCGACCCGGUGAAGUUCAAGCUCGUCUCCAAGAGGUCGGCGCGUGGCUCCGAGGGUAAGGGUUACAACCUCGGACCCAUGCGGUACCAUGAGGGCACCCCGCCGAAGGGUGGUGUCCUGUCGACGGUCGAGGAGAACGAGGCGGAUGGCGUCGCGGAAUCCGCGCACACGCAGACGUGCCGCGCGCUGGGUUGCGACAAGGUUGUCAACACGAGCAACAGCGUGACCGCGGGUCUGAAGCUGUGCAGCGACCACCUCAUGUCCCAGACGCCCUUCUCGACCACCGGGUCGCAGAGCAUGUUCUGCCUGUCUUGCCGCCGCGUGCACUCGCCCCCGCGGUGUGAGACGUGCCGCAUCACUCGCGGCGAUCACGCCGAGACUCUCGACACCUCCUUCGCGGGGGAUCAACCCGGGGACAAACCGUCCUCCCCCGAGGAGUUUCAAAACGUCGAGUCGAUGACGAUGUACUUCAAGACGAACGAGGGCCCCGUCGGCGCCGUCUCCCGCUUCCGCGGCGUCGUCGACGACUUCGGAGCGCAGAUGCGAGGGUCGAUGCUCCACGCGGAGGUGGCCGCCAGACCGGGCUGCACGCUCCUCACGGUGGACGUCCUCGCCAGACACGACGACGACGCCGAGUCCUUCGUCGACGGCGUCAACCGCGACGGCGACGAUUUCGACGACGACGGCAUCUCCAGGUCGCUCGACGCGCACGCCGCGGACUCCAUCGACAAGCUUCGGAGCAUCGGGGCGACGCACGGCUUGGAGGGUAACCUCGCGUUCAUCGUCGGUCACCCCGUCAAGGGCCGGAGCCGGACGCACCGGAUGCAAUUCGGCGCGGGGGGCGCCGUGCGCCAGUCCACGCCGCUGAGCUCGGCGGCGGAUGCGGUGCACGACCCGGUGUUUUCCCCGCAGCUCAUCGAGGCCAUCCGCAGGUCGCACGAUCCGAGCAUGCGCAUGCCGGUGAUCAGGUCGGAUCGCUACGACUGCAUCGACCUGCCGCGCGCGCCCGAGGGAUACGCGUACACCCUGAGGUGCCACGGGCGGUACGUGCCGCUCCUGGCGGGCGCGGCGGUGGAGCUCAGUCCCCAUCACGCGGACCACGACCGCGCGAUCCCCGCGGGCCACGAGAUGUUCAGGAUCACGCCCAACAACGUCGAGGGACUCGGCUUCAUCGAGCUCGUCACGCACGAUGCGACGGCGUACACGGGCAGAGCCGGCGCGGGCCACGAGCACGGGGCCGGGCAACUCUCAAACUUUGUCGAUCCCGUCAUGUGCAUCCCCGUCUUCAUCACCCCGGAUGCCAUCCUCGCGUCGGAACUCAGCCGAACGAUCGGCAGGUUCGCGCAGCUCGGGGACUCUCCCGCGCUAUUCAACCUCGGCGUCGCCCUCAACGCGCCGCGCGAUGCGCCCCCACCGCCCGCCGGCGGCUCGUGGGGCUCCGACUGCAGCGGGGACUCUUCGGGCGGGGACACGGCUAACCGGCGGAGACUGGAGGAGGUUUGCUUCCACGCGGCGACCGCGUGCGCCGCGCUCGGAUGGGCCGCCGCGGCCUCGCGCGUCAUCACCGCCCGGGAUCCCGUGCCAUGUGCGACGGAUUCGCCCCCGCGGGACGCCGUCCCGGUGGGCUACUCGCACGGGCACCCGCUCGCGGGUCAGUUUCCGUUCACGGCGGCGAUGUCGGAGGGCCCCGACACGUCGGAUAACUCCGACCGCGAAGUCAACCGAUACACGUCCACCGAACCGUCGGACAUGGACGUGUACGAGGACGACGCGUACUUUGGCAGCAACCGUAGCGUGCACGGCGGGACCGCGGGUUCUCAUCUCAUCGCGACGAUGAACACCAACGCCGGCAUCGCCACGUUGCUCCGCGCCGCCUGCACGUCUGGGGACUCGAACACCGUGAACGCGGUCAUAGCCGCGAUCAUCCGCCACCGCGGCGCCGCCGCCGUGGGUGCCCUCGUCAACCUCGGCGACAACGUCGUCAGCGGCAGGGGAUGGACGCCGCUGCACGCGUGCGCGUUUGCCAUGGCGCAGGCGGCUUGCGGCGGCGUCCAUCCCUCGUCAUCCGAGGGUGGGAUCCAUCGACGAGUGUUGCGCGGUGUAUUUGGCGACGUCGCGCGGCAGACGGCGAUCAACGAGGCGGUCUCGGCCGCCCUCUCCGCGCUCGUCGUGAGCACCAACCCGCUGGCGUGGGUCACCGGAAACGCGGGCAUGGUGGUUGGUACCCCCGCGGAGGUUUCGUGCUCCCCGCCGGAUAACGUCGCGUACGCCUACCAGGCGCACUCGAUGCAAUCCCGGCGGCAGAGGCACGCGAUGAAGACGGCGAGCGACAAGGUGGUUGACGUGCUCGCGUCCGCGGUGGUGUUGGCGUGCGACUGGCUGCACCGCUCGCUGGCUGCCCCGGCGUCUAACCCCAACGACGCGGAGAACGCCGCGCGAAUCCUCUCGUGCGAGCGCGAGCACUUCCAAGCCGCCUUGACGCUCGCCGCGAACGAGUACGACGGCUCCACGGUGUACACGAUCGCAUCGGCGCUGCUCCUCGGCACGUCGUCGCACCUGUGGGAGCCGAUGCGUCGCAGGGUGCGCGACGAGACGUUGCAGGGCGCGUUGGGGCACACGGAGGCGAGGGAAUGGGUCCUCGCCGGCGCGCCUCGCGAGGGCUUCGCGCCCCCGAAGGUCUCCGUCGUCGUCUCGGGCAGGCACGGCGUCAAGUCCCUGCCCUGGAUCGAUCUGCCGGUCGUCCUCCUGGUCACGACGCUGCACGUCGCCACGAACAGGCUCGGCGACGUCAUCUGGAUGUCGUACGCAACCUUCGCGGCGAUGAUCGUCGCCGCCGUCGUCACCUCCCCGCCCAUCACGCCGCGACGCAUUUACCUUCGCUCUCACGCGCUCAUAAACGGCGCCGUGCGGCUGUUAUACGCGGUGUUGCACCCCGGCCUCGAGGCUUUCAUGCCGUCGUCGUACAUCAGCAGGACUCGCACUACCGUGAGACUCAUGUGCAUCUGCGUGCACUACGUGCUGCAGUCGCUGUACGCACCCGUGGGCAUGGCGUUGGAGCCCGUCGUCAUGGGGGCGCAGGCGCUCAUGUUUCCGGGCUGGGGCUUGGCGGCGAAGUACGUCGCGGCUCACACCGCGGGAGACGCCGCGCAGCUGGCGCAGCUCGACACGGUCACGGCGGAGCUGAUCGUCUUCGUCGUGGCGGCCUGCGCGUCCGCGUACGUGGCCUCGAGCUCGUUCAGCGAGCACGUCGCCAGGAGCGUCGUCGACAAGCAAUAUCUGAUGGAGAUUCUCUCCGCACGCAGAAGGGGAGCGGACGCGCGAAGCGCUUGA